GGGAAGGCGCCCUGGGCGGGAACCGUGGAUCCUCCCCUCGAGAUCUCUCUGGCCUUUGUAGUCUCCUUUCAAGUCAAGGCAAGGGUGUCCGGUUUCGGGAUCCGGCGUCAAUCAGAGUCCCUCCCGUGCCACCUCCCUGACCCCUCCUCCUCGAGCUGCUGAAAGGGGAAAUAUGAAGGGGAGUUGCUGCCGCUGCCGCCGCUGCUCAGUGAAGAGGAGGAGAAGCCGCAGCAGGGGCAGAAGCGGAGGAGAAAGCGCCAGGCAGAGAGGGACGGCUGCUGUCGCUCAGAGCGGGGUCUGAACAGAGGGCAGAGGACUGAGAAGGCGCGGAGCCGGCAGGGGCGCCUCGGCGCACGCCCUGAAUCUUUCGGCGUGGCCGGCAUGGGGCGCACCGUCUCCACUUAAAAGCCCUCAGGCAGGAAGGCAUUUCUUGGGCGCCGCUGAGCCUUGAGCAGUUGCACGAGGGGGCUGGAGCCUCCUUCUGCUCGUGCCGCCCCCCGCCCCCCGGUCGAGAGCUUUUCUGCAAGAGAAAGAGACGGGGGCUGCCGCUCCGCCUUGGGAUUCUAAUACCGCCAGGUGGGUCCAGCCGCCCCCCAGCCCGCCCUCAGUCCUCUCUCCGCAGGAUUCUGUGUGACGGAUUACUGGGACUUCAAGGACGCUGAAAGCUUCAGAAGGAGAGAAAAAGAAGAAAGCUUGGAGAAUAAAAGGAAAGCGAGAAGGGGGAGGGAAGACAGGCUCUGAGUGGAGGAGGCGUUGGAGAGCUGGAAAUGUCCUGUCCCUGCUGCAGCCUGGUUAGAUACCUGUUCCUAGCCCUGCUCUUGCAUGGGUUGGGAGAAGGUUCUGCACUUCUUCAUCCAGACAGCAGGUCCCAUCCUCGAUCGUUAGAGAAGAGUGCAUGGCGAACAUUCAAAGAGUCACAGUGUCCUCAUAUGCUCAAACAUCUUCAUAAUGGAGCCCGAAUCACUGUACAAAUGCCCCCCACCAUCGAGGGACAUUGGGUCUCUACUGGUUGUGAAGUUAGGUCAGGCCCAGAAUUCAUCACAAGAUCUUACAGAUUCUACCACAACAACACGUUCAAGGCCUACCAGUUUUAUUAUGGGGGUAACCACUGCACAAAUCCAAUCUAUACUUUAGUUAUCCGUGGCAAAGUUCGCCUCCGCCAAGCAUCCUGGAUCAUUCGAGGGGGGACUGAAGCAGAUUACCAGCUGCACAACAUACAGAUCAUCUGCCACAGUGAGGUGGUAGCUGAAAGACUAAGCCACUUAGUGAACUGUACAUGCCCUGGAUUUGUACCAGAAAAUAAACCUUGGGAGCAGAAUGUCAGUUAUGAUUUAUGGAGAGAAGAGAAUGGUUAUGAAUGCACCAGAGCACUGAACUUUGCAAUGCAUGAACUUCAGCUCAUCCGUGUUGAGAAGCAGUACCUUCACCACAAUUUAGAUCACUUAGUAGAAGAGCUCUUUCUUGGAGACAUCCACACGGAUCCUGCUCAGAGGAUGUAUUAUCGCCCAUCUAGCUACCAACCCCCUCUGCAAAAUUCCAAGAAUCAUGACCAUUCAUGCAUAGCAUGCAGGAUCAUCUAUCGAUCAGAUGAAUAUCACCCUCCAAUUCUACCCCCAAAGGCGGAUUUGACUAUUGGAUUACAUGGGGAAUGGGUGAGCCAGCGCUGCGAAGUGCGUCCUGAAGUGCUCUUUCUCACCAGACAUUUUAUCUUCCAUGACAACAACAAUACCUGGGAAGGUCAUUACUAUCAUUAUUCUGACCCAAUCUGCAAGCAUCCCACCUUCACUAUCUAUGCCAAGGGUCGUUAUAGCCGUGGAGUGCAUUCAUCCAAUGUGAUGGGUGGGACAGAAUUUGUCUUCAAAGUGAACCAUAUGAAGGUUACUCCCAUGGACAUAGCUACUGCCUCUCUACUGAAUGUCUUCAAUGGAAAUGAAUGUGGAGCAGAGCGAUCAUGGCAAGUUGGCAUACAGCAAGAUGUUACUCAUACUAAUGGCUGUGUUGCUUUGGGGAUCCGUCUGCCUCACACGGAGUAUGAGAUUUUCAAAAUGGAGCAGGAUGCCAAGGGAAGAUAUUUGCUGUAUAAUGGCCAAAGGCCUAGUGAUGGGUCCAGCCCAGACAGGCCUGAGAAGAGAGCCACUUCUUAUCAGAUGCCCUUAAUUCAGUGCACUUCAUGGACCCCAAGACCAGGUGAAUCAUCUGAAGAAAACAAACUGGGGUGGUACAGCAGUGGCAUAACAGCAAAGAAUUCCUAUGCAUUUGUUUUGGCUAUGACGUUGGUUGGUUGUACUGUGCUGCACAUGGGCAUUUACAGCUAGAAAUUGGGACUCUGUAUGUUUUCAAAUGACUCAAGAAUCAGGGCAGCACAGGACUUGGAAUACAGGGGAAUGGGGGCGAGGAAAGGCAUGUUUCCAGGCAGAAAAUGACAUUUAUGUUCUUGAUGCACUUGAAUGCCUGAGAACUGUUGUUCAUUUCCUCAUUUUCCCCUCCUUGAAUCAUCAACAGCACUCAUUUGUUUCUGCUUUGUACUUGAUCCAGUCUGAUUUCAUGGCCUGACAUGACUGCACAACAGUAAUUGCACUUUAAGACUACAGUCCCCCUCCCAACCGCCUUCAGUUUCUUUUAAAAAAACUGCCAGGAUGAACGUAAAUAUCUUACAUGGCCUUUUCUCUGCCAGCUUUGCUGUUGUGGUUCAUCCUACGCAGAAAAUUUGUAGAAUUUGAUUAUCAGAAUUAUGCUGUUAUCGUAUUGUGUCAAUACUGGUAAAUUGCAUCAUUCUUAUGCUACAAUGUAUAUAUGUAUAUAUGAGAAACUCAACCCAGGAUGUAUCUAAAUACACUUUUAUAGAUUGUACAUAAAAUAUUAAGUGAUCCUUAGGGUCAAGAAUGCUGAAUGGAAAAUCUCAAAUUAAAGCUACAAAGAUAAUUUAAAUCAUUUAUACAUAGGCUUUGAACUUAAGAAUAAUCUAAGAUUUUUGAUGGACAUGUGGAACCAGCAUUCUCUUAUACUACUGCUCAACAAAGGAGAUUAUAUAUACCAUUUUCUGAAGUCCACCAACUGGUUAUAAUCAAACGUUUAAAAAGCAAGACAAAGUAGUGGGAGGGAGGGAGAGGUUCUCUCAAGUGCAGAAGCAAUAAAGCCAAUGAGUCUUCCCCCAUAUUUCAUAGAGAGUCAGGCAAAUGGAAUGCCUGCUAUAUGCAGUGCACUUAUCUUGAAUUGUGUUUUAUUAGACUAGGCAAUUCAGUGAACAGCUGCAUUUACUGGUAUAAGACAAGAUUGUUGAUUUUUUUUAAAAAAAAUUCACAAUAAGUCCACUCUAAAGUCCCAUGGCCUGUUUAAAGGACUGCAGGGAAUGUGAUUUGGACAUUUCAGAUCUUUUUCACCUUUCUCACUGUGCACAAAUUGUUGGAAUCAUGGGAAUUGCAUUUACUUAAAAUGUAAUUAAAAAUGAAGUAACACUGUAAGAUCCAUCACGUUUCACAAUGAAGUGGUAUUACUCUAAAGUGUAUGCCAUUUUCUGUAUGGAAAGUCAUGAUAGAAUUCUAGUCAGUUUGUCAAGAUUUCAAUUAGAAUAUUAUGUCUCCAAGUUAAGAUUACAAUCCAGUCUGCAGUUGCUGAUAUCUUUGGGCUGUGUUUUUAAGUGAGAAUUGUUUCUUGGAGAGAGUUCUGCAGGGACCAAGGCAUUAAGGGAUAAGAGUGAUUCCUGUCCUGAAAGGAUGCUUUAAAAUCCUGUUAAUGUUCACAUGUCACUGUCUAUAAAAGGAACUCUUGAGAAUCCCUUUUUCAAGGAGGGAGUAGUUUGUUUUUAUUUUUAGGAAUGUGGAAAUGUGCUUGAAACACAAAAGAAUAUUAAUUACAUGCUACCUGUAUCUGUUAUCAUAUGUUUCUAAACCAAUCACAUUGUUUAAGGUUGCUUGCUCUUGUACCCAUUUUAGCCUGGGUAAAAGGAUUUAAGGCCACUCAUCCAGCCCAGAGAUAAUUGUGCUUAAAGCCCAUUAGUCUUAAGGGAAUCUAGUGCUAUGUGGGAUAGGGGCCUAAGUUUCUAGGAGGCAUGGAUAACUGAUUGAUUUGUAACAGCCAGGGUGAGGGAUAAUUCCUUCCCAUCCCCACCCCCCAUGAAUAUGCAGUAUGGAUGGAUGACAAAAACUAUCAAUGGGUAAUUGGGAAUUAGAACUCAGGGCUUCUCCCUCCCCUCCAUCAUCUUAGCUCCUGCUGGUCUUACUGAACAGACAUCACUGUGAGACGACCACCACCAUCUCCAGAGGUCAGCUGUGCUCCUGAUUCCACCAAGUAAGGCCAUCUUCUUAAGUCAAAACAGGUGUUCUCAUAAAGCAGUUAGAGGAGGGAAGAAUCAUGAGUGGGGUGACCAGGCUCUAUAAUCAACUUGGGCUCGAGUCUGGACUUCCACCACUUUUUUUCAUCCUGUGCAACUGCUACCCAACGCUAAGAGUGCAUCUUUCCUUGGAACACUUCACAUUGGGAGCAAAUACAUAGGUGGGUAGAAAUUGGGGGAGUUGCUCCUUUUUUCAUGUUUAAUAGUGAAAAAUACAUGUACAAUAAGCACAGAGUGUUGUUUGUCUGACAUUUUACUGGAUUUGUGUGUUAUAGUAAAGACUCUAAAGAGACACUAAUGUUCAUUGAAGGGAGUGUUGCCACACAAUGUAGUCUUGUUGCCCCACCACCAGCACCCUGAAAAUGACCAAUCACAUCUGUGGGGGUGAGCAGAGAAUGGCUUACUGUGUAUUUGAAUAAUGUCAGGGCUUAAUGCUAACAUUUAUGCUGCAAGUAAGGUAUAUUUCUUUUAGGUCCAGUUGAUUUGCAAUAUAAAUGUAGUGUUCAACCAUUAUGCUUUCAACUAUAAACAAGAAGUUUCUUACUAACCACUUACUAAAUUCAUAAAAAUGGCUUAACACUUUUAACAACUUGCUUAACAAUUGAUUACCUGUUAUUGAGUAAGAGGAGUCAUGCCAGUGAAGUCCAGAAUAUGGGAUAGGAUUCAGAAAGAACCUACACACUCACUCUCUUCUGAAACCCCAGCUUCCUUAUGAACCAAGUCCAAAGCUCCUUUGAAGUUUGGGCUGGGCUCAUGAUGGAUUUGCUAGCAGUCACCCUCCUUACCAGUAAUCCCUUCACCUUGCCAAGCAAACAAACCCUUGAGCAGGGGGAAGAACUGGUGGGGAGGUUGGCUGGUAAUAGGACAAGCUUUGCAUGCUUCAUCCUUAAGGCGUAGAUACUCUGGAGCAUAAUCAGAUGGCAUCCUUUCCUGCCAAGUUGCUCAAGAAUCAUGGCUUCCAAUGCCUCUCGAACAGAUUCAUUGCUUGGUCAGAACCAUCCUGCUGUAAGAAUGUCUACAAAGCCACUCACGUCAUACAAGAGCUUUUCCUGCUGCUGGUUCAACCCCUUCACAAGGGCUGAAAGUUGCUUAGGAAAGAGAGGGGCUGAUAUAAGAGGAUGGGAACAAGCUCCUCUAGACUUGUUCUGUCCAGGUUCUUGAAGAAGCUUCUUAGAAACUAAGCCUACAUUUUCCCCAACAGUUCUCUGAAAAAGCUCAGAAAACAUGAGCUAAUUAUAAGGUGAGUUGAGGAAGCUCAAUCAUUUGCUAAAUAGAAAAAAAAUAUAGAUGUAGCUGUUUUGUAGAAAUAGUGUAGAGCAAGUUUGCUUUCACAGUUCAACAUAACAUGGUACACGGCAUAUUGGCUGACAAUCAAACUAACAUUGUGCACAACAACCUGGAUGGCGUUGAGGGGUUUUGGAUAACUUCAUAGAGGAGAGGUCUAUCAACGGCUACUAGUCAGAGGGCUAUAGGGAUGCCUCUGAGUACCAGUUGCAGGGGAGUAACAGCAGGAGAGAGGGCAUGCCCUCAACUCCUGCUGUAGGCUUCCAGCGGCAUCUGGCAGGCCACUGUGUGAAACAGGAUGCUGGACUAGAUGGGCCUUAGGCCUGAUCCAGCAGGGCUGUUCUUAUGUUCUUAAAUGUUUUGUGUAAUGUGGGAGGGGUGAUUUUCACCAAUCCCACUUCCUUCUGUACCUCUUGAAAAUACAUUCCAGAGGAUCCCUGCAAACUUCAGGGACAUAUUAUUGGGAGGCACAAUGAUCUGCAACAAGACAGGAAGAUUGGCAAAUAUCACUCUACCCCAUUGCACAUAGAUUUUUUUUGGCUCAUGCAACAUUAGUCUGCCAGCCAUUAACAUUCAUGACAUAAUCUACAUACCUUGAAUAGUUACAAAUUCCAAGGCUAGAAACAAGCAUAACUUAGCAGUGAACUGUUGUCAUUUUAAACCAUAUAGAGAAAGCUGAUUUUAUAAGACAUUUUUAAUAUGUGGUACUGUAUUUUGGUCCUCAUCUAACAUUCAAGGAACAGACAGCCAAUGCAUGAUUGUGAACUUCCCCACCCCUUCGGCAAUAAACCAGCCAUUUUAAAUAGAUGGAUUUUAAUUACCAUAUGAAAAUCCAGCUAAUACAUUAAGAGAGACCAUAUUACUCCUAUAUAAAAAGAAUUACCCUGGCUAUCAAUAAGUUUCUGGACAAAAAAUAUGGUGCUGGUUAUAACCUAUAAAUCCCUAAACAGCUUAAGCCCAGGGUAUUUAUGAGAACGUCUUAUUUAUGAUGCUUGCCCAUUGAGAUCUGAAGAGAUUCGUCUGCAGUUGCCACCAGCUCAUCUGGUGGCUACCCGGCUGGCCUUCUUAGUUGCUGCCCCGAAACUCUGGAAUGUGCUCCCUGCUCUGACAACUUUUGGAAAGUUGUCAGAGCCUCCCCAUCUCGGGCAACUUUUAGAAAGUCGCUAAAGACACUUUUAUUCACCCAAGCUUUUAAAACCAGACUUGUGGCUCUAAAUUGUUUUAAGGUUUUCAUUUGUUUUCUGUUGCUGUAAACUGCCCAGAGAUGCAAGUUUGGGGAGGCGUACAAAUAGAAAUAAAUAAAUUGAAAGCUUUAUCAUGUAAUUAGCUCUCUCUCUGGUAUUAAUUUUCAGCACCUGUAGCAGACAUAUAGGCAAUGGGAGAGAAGAGUAAUCAAACCUGGAAUGCUGCUGUGUGCAUGCAGAGUCCUCUGAUUUUUUUAAAUGACAGUGAAAAGCACCCUGUGUGCAUAUGUGUAAACUACAUCUGCCAUAACUAGAAAUGAGAAUCUUCCUGCACAUAUUUGGCUCUAGGCUGCAGAUUGUGCAACUAAUGUGCCAUCAUAGGAUGGAUCAUCAUUACCAAAAUAGUAUCUUGCUAUAAAAGGGAUUAGAUUUUAAGGUGGUUGUCUAUCUGCGCAAAGCCCAGGAAUUGUUUUUUAAUAUAUAUUUUUAUUUUUGUAACCUUGUAAAAAAUAUUUUGCUUCCCAGCUUCAUUUUCUAGUUUAAAUUGCCUGGAAAAUGUGGGUGCUUGUCAAAUGUUGAUUAAAUAAAGGGUAAAAAGAC